UCUCUAUCACACAUCAGACUUUUCCCAGGGGAGCUGGAGAACAGGCUUCAAUGAAAACUGCCUGUUUGCAGCUAUAUGGAGAUUGCAGGCACCACAAUCAUCAUUUCCUCUACUCGACCUGGAGCAGAAAUUCCAUCAUCAGGAUAGAAAGGUAGCCUUGUUGCCUAGCAAAGGUGGGAUGAUUUAUCUCUGUCUCUAGAUUGGUCCCUUUUCUUUGCUGCACAGCAGAAUUAUUUUCAGACUUCUAAGGAGAAUGAAGCCAGGCUAGAAAUCGGAGCGUAUGUGCAAGAGCUGCUCUCCCAGGGAGGAGAAGGAGUCAGAGGCUUUCUCUGCUUUUUGUUCCUGUGCAGUGCAGGAAAAUGGUUUUAUCUGCCCCAGUUAUAGCCCUGGGUGCUACCUUAGGGACUGCAACUAGCAUCCUUGCCCUCUGCGGUCUCACCUGCUUCUGCAAAUGCAGGCAACCUGGGAAAGGACUCUCAGAAGAGGACCAAGAGGAGGACAUGGAAAAUACUAAGCCCAGUGUGCUUCAGCCAGUCCAGCAAUUCAACGUGAAGAAAACCGCAGAGCCAGUCCAGCCUCGAGCACUCCUGAAGUUUCCCAACAUUUAUGGCCCCAAACCAGUAGUAACUUCACCUGAAAUUGUUAACUACACACAGUACUCCCUGAAGACAACAGAAGAACCAGCUGCUGGAAAACAUACUGGUUUGGAUGAGAACAGGAUGAAGAUACAAGUCAAUGAAGAGCUGUUUGUUCUCCCUCAAAACGUUCCAGGUGUAGUGAAGGACGUGUGUGUCACAGAGCACCUGAACCCCGAGAAGGCAGCCAGCUGUAACCAGGCCCCUGAGCUGCGCUACUCCCUUACAUACGACCAAGAAAAAGCUGAGCUGCGGGUGGCCCUUCUGGAAGCUAUGUAUGGCAGAUUGAAUGGUGACCAAGAUGCUGGGUGCCAUUGCUACAUACUGGGCACACUAGUGAGCAAGUUUGGUAUCACUGAGGCCCAGACAGAGCUGAAGAAGAAGAUGCUUCACACCAUCUGGGAGGAGGUCCUGCGAUUUCCAUUAACAGAGGAGGAGAUGCCAGAGGGGACAUUGACCCUCACCCUGAGAAACUGCGACAAGUUCUCCAGACACAGCAUUGUGGGGGAACUCAAGCUUAGCCUUGCUAACAUGGAGGAGUCCUUUGGGAUGGCCCAGUGGGAAAGGCUAAAGACCCCAGAGAAGGAGCCGUCCACAGGGCAUGGAGAGGUUCUGCUCUCUAUCAGCUACCUGCCAGCAGCUAACCGCCUGCUAGUGGUGAUUAUUAAGGCUAAAAAUCUCCAUUCCAAGCAGCUGAAAGAUCUACUUGGCAAUGAUGUUUCUGUCAAGGUGACUCUGAGACAUCGGUCCUUGAAGCUGAAGAAGAAGCAGACCAAACGUGCAAAACACAAGAUCAACCCUGUGUGGAAUGAGAUGAUCAUGUUUGAGGUGCCUCAUGAGCUGCUGCGUGCCUCCAGCGUGGAGCUAGAAAUGCUGAGCCAGGAUGGUGCUGGGCAGACCCAUGUGCUUGGCAAGUGCAGCCUGGGCUUGCAUGUCACAGGCACACAGAGAAACCACUGGGAAGAAAUGCUGAGGAACCCCAGAAGACAGAUAGCCAUGUGGCAUCAGCUCCACAUGUAGGCUCAUCACUGUUACUGCCAACCAUAUUUCUACUAAGCCUCUGAGCCUGGGGGAAUAAGCUGCAUUUCACCUUCUACCUUCCCUUCCACAAAGCUGCUUGGCACAGCACUCUUCUUACACCACCUUCUCUGGUUCUCUGGCCUCAUCCUAGCCCAGGAAGCUGUCUGGAAAAAGUAUUUAAAGGGCAAUCUCUCACCUAAUCAAGUGGUUCUCUCAAACAAUGGAUCUGGCUGCCUGGAUGAUUUAAAUUCAUUUUAUUAGCCUGCUUACUGUAAUUUCUGUAAGGUCCCUGUUUCUGCAGAGGAGCAGAGGCAACCAAAGGUAUCAUGGAAAUGUAAGCCACUCCUUGGCAUUUGUCACUGUCAUCCAAGUCCCUUCAUGGCUUCAUAAUCACAAAUAUGUGGCAGAUGUCACUGUUUUCCACAAUACUUUACAAGACCAUGAGAAAUGAAGAUCACAAAACUUUCAAUCCACGCCAAUAGUACCAGUAUGAGAGAAAAAGUGGAGCCCAUGUGCAGUAGAUGGAUACCUAGAAAAAGAUACAGAACUACGGGAGAGAACCAAGGAAGAUGAGAGAGUGGAACAGCCAACAUUAUCAUCCUGUGUAGACUUUGAAGCAAACACUGCCAAACAAGAAGUUGAACACCUUCCUUCACUUUUGUUUCCUCGAGUAUUUGAUUCAUGAAAGCUGAUGAAAAUAUGGACAUGUCAGGAUUUUUUAGCCAAGUACCUCUAUCUUCUGUCUCUUUAAAGUGUCACCCAGGAAGACCCUAAACAUGGAAAAAUUGAUGUUGUUGAUGUUACCUCCAAAAAUUUGGACCAAAUCUUUCUGUUUACUGCCAUCUUCUUUGUUUGGGUUUUUCUGAGCUAGAAAGUUUCCAAUACUCAAAUUAUAUUCCAGGAAAGAUCUAAGACUAGACAAAAGAAGUGGGAUCAUUUCAUACCUUAGCAGUUGAUUGAUGAUUUUGGUUUGACAGUUAACUAUCACACUCAAAUCCUCAUACCAGCACUACUCGAAGACAACCCUUAAGAACUGCCAUGUAUUUCAUCACUUCCAGACAGAAGGAAUUCACUGACCAGACAGACUCUCCAGGGCUUGUUUUUUUGUCUGCACUUUGAAGAUUCGACGUGGCUUAAAUGUUCCUGUUUACUGUCCUUCUUUGUGUCUAGAUGAACUGGCAUUGGCAGUGAUGAUGUUAUGACCCCAUAAGCACACUGCUUUUCCUACCACUUUGUUUCAAUCAGUAAGCACAGCUUUAAGGGACUUGCAUGGGAAAAAGGCACCGAAAAAUCUAAAACCAGAACUAUAUAGUUUGUAGCACUGAAAAACUCAGAAAGUUCAUUUUUGCAGCAUCAGCUUGAUCCUCUGUUUAGUUCAAAAUAGUAAGCUCAGCUUUAUCUAGUAACCAUCCCAUUUUGAUGGCUUAGUCAAACAAGUCUAGCAGACUUUCAGUUGAAGGCUGCCACCCUAUUGGCAAAGGGAAGCCACCAGACCCAGUAUCUGAAAACAGGCUGAAGUCCCAGGCAUAGAGGGCUAUGGACAGGGGAAUGAAGUUCAGCUGGAAGCCAGUCACUAGUGGGGACUGAGGCUGGUAGUGGAACUGACACUGUUUAACAUCUUCAUAAAUGACCUGACAAUGUGGCAGAGAGUGCCCUCAGGAACUCUGCAGAUGAUGAUAUGAAACCAGGAGUAGUGGUUGAUAUACCAGGUGGUUGUAUCCUGCUGUUCAGAGGGAUGUCACCAGGCUGGAGAAAUUGGCUGACAGGAACCUCCUGAAGUUCAACAGGGAGAAGUGACCAGUCCUGCACCUGGGGAAGAACAACUCCAUGUACCGCUGCAGAGCUGGGGGCUGACCGUCUGGAAAGCAGCUUUCCAGAAAACGACCUGUGUGUCCUGGUGGACACAAAGUUGAACAGGAUCCAGCAAUGUGUUCCUGCAGCAAAGAAGGCCAACAGUGUCUUGGGCAUCGUCAGCAAGUCAAGAGGGGUGAUCUUUCCUCUUUACUCAGCUCUGGUGAGGCACAUGUGGAGUGCCCUGCCUAGUUCUGCGCUCCCCAGUGCAAGAAAGAUAUGGAAAGUGCAGCAAGUGGCCAUGAAGAUGAUUAAGAGAGUGGAGGAGCGGUUGAGAGAGCUGAAACUGUUCAGGAGGUCAGGAGAAGUGUCAGGAGUGGAACUUAUCAAUAUGUAUAAAAACCUGGUCUGGGAGAGGAGAAAAGAAGAUGGAGCCAGAUUCUUCACAGUGGUGUCCAGUGACAGGACAAGAGGCAAGGGCACAAAUUGCAAUACAGGAAAUUCCAUUUGAAUACAUGAGAAAACUACUUUAAAAAGAUCCAAAACUUUUUUACAGUGAGUUUGGUUAAACACUGGAACAAGUUGCCAAGAGAGGUUGUUGGCAGUUCCUGUCCUUCGAGACACUCGAAAUCUGAUGGGAUGCAGCACUGAACAACUCUGCUCUAGUUUACCUCACUUUGAGCAGGUGUGGGUUUGGACAAAGAUGAUCUCCAGAGGUCUUUUCCAUCCUCAAUGUUGCUGUGAAUUUGUGAAGAUACCAACAAGGUUGAUGCACACUAAAACCUCUUAUCUUUACACUGCUAUUUCCUGUAGCCAGGAGUUACAGGAUCAUAUUAAAGAAAGUGAUAAAACCAACGUUGACCAAGCAAACAGAAAAGCAAAGUAUGCUGCUGAAUCUUAGACCCAAUGUUUUAAUCUCUGAUACUGCUCUACUGGCUAGAGGGGAUUUAAACAAGAAGAAAAUUGACUUCUUGUUUUGCUCUAAGGGUUUCUGUUUAUUAACAAAAAGCUGUAGGAUACAGUGAAUGAAAUAGACACAGGGUUUUAGCUGACAGUGACUUCUUAAUAGUUGCUGUAUUCAUGAUUUGUCUGUGGUUAUUCCUAUAGAUUUGGAAUGAUUAUUUCCAUUUAAGUGCAAAAGUCAUUGUGAUGUUUGCCUUUUGACAUAUAGGUACCUGGCAGUACUGUGAUUCUUCCUUCUUUUUUGGGUAAUGGUAAGAAAGUAACUUCAUGGUCUGAUGGUAUUUGGCUGGCACCAGAAAACCCGAAGGGCCAAAUAUUUGCCUUCCUGCCAAGAGAUUUAUCUAAUUCUGCCUCCUGCUUUUUUUAAAUGAUCCUUUUAUAACAUCCUGGUGACUGAUUGUAAACAGGAUUAUCUGCCUCUGCCCCUGGUAAUUUUGGCACACCCUGUAACUAGACAGCUUUCUAAAGGAACAGCCACUCACAAUCUGAUUGUGCUGUGACAGAAUAAUGUCCCCUUUCACAGCAGAAAAAAAAUGUCCAUACACACUACUUAACCACAAACCUGUGGUAGGAGCAGAGUGGUGCCAUCAGCGUUAAAGCAGGGUUUUGUUCUCUCCUUUCCUGCAAUGGCAUUUAAAUGGGGAAGAGAGGAAGAGUGAAAAUGCAUGCAUCUUUCCCGGCUGGAUAAUUUUUGUUGUCCGGCACUUUAGGCAGGAAAGAAUGUUUCUCGCAUUCAGGGGAGCCUGAACAAAGACUGCAGGUGUUUAUUUAACGAGGCAGCCGUUUGCUGCGGCGGGGCUGAAAGCAGGCGCGGUUAAGGUGCUGGCUGUGCUCCUGGGGAGGAAUGCUGCCUACGUGUGGUACCGGAGGGGCAGGGAUGCUCAGCCCGGGCCCUUUUGAACUCUGCUAAUAGGAGCUGUUUGUCAUCGCAUUCCAGCGCCUGCCCUCAUCCCUCUGAAGCUCCUGGAUCGCCUCUUUAGCAAUGCUGCUGUGCCCCGAGCCCCAGCACCCCGAGGGCCGGAGGUGCUGGGCUGCCCCAAGCAGACAAACCCCGAGCAGUUGUUGUGGUGGACGACAACGUCAUAUUAAUGACAACGUCAUUAGCAGAAACGUAAAAUACUUGGAGAUGCUCCGUGCCAUCACAUCAAACAGUUGCUUCAGCAACAUGAGCUGUAAAAAUAUCACUAAACUGCAAUAUGGCCAGAGAACAGAGCCAGGCAGCCCCGUGGCUUUCAGCUCUUGAAGCUGUAAAUACAGGAGUGUCAGCAAGCACCACAAACACAGCUGAAAUUCAAGGAUGUUGCUUAUAAAAUUAGAAGAGAAGAAAAAAAGAAAAAAAUAAAAGAAGGCAAUGAUGGCAAUUUAUAUUCUUAAGCUACAGCUGUGGUCAAAAAUAUUCAUUAGACUCCCCAAAGGCUAUUCAGUGGUUGCACUGCUUAUUUUUCUAAUACAGGCCUAUUAACAUCAAGAAGCUGGAAUUAAAGAGAAG